AUGCCUCCGCGCCCCAGCCCCACGCAUUUCCUGUGUCUUCAACUCGCCAGUUCGCAAUUGACCAAGAAUCUAGCAGCAUUCCGGGCUGAUGUCACGGGUGCCAGCGGCUUUGGCGUUCCUGAUGACGCCGUUCGACCGCCGGGGACGCUGCAUCUUACUCUGGGGGUGAUGAGUCUGAAGCCAGAGGAUGUUGGUCCGACAAUCGAGGUGCUGAAAACGCUCAGGCCGAGGGACAUGCUUGCUGAGCUGAGAGCUGCAAACAAUCCUCUAGCGUCUACGACAGCCUCGCAAUCCCGAAACACUGGUGGAGGGCUGUCUACAUCUCUUCGUGGAAUACAGUCCAUGACCCAUGCAUCCAGGACAUCUGUGCUCUACGCUGCCCCCUCAGAUGCAGAGGGCAUUCUGUACGACUUUUGCCAAGGGCUACGGAAACCAUUUAGGGAAACGGGUCUAAUAGAGGACGAGAACCGGCCUCUGUUGCUGCAUGCUACGGUUGUUAAUACGGUGUAUGUCCGGGGGAGGGGGAGGGGGAGUGGAAGGAGGAAAGAGAAGCUGAUGCUUGAUGCAACUGAUCUGAUGAGAAAGUAUGAAGAUUACGUAUGGGUUGAGGAUAUGCCGACUCAAGAGAAGCCCCGCGGCAGCGGUCACGUACUGCGCGCCGGCUCCAGACACAACCACUCAACACCAUCCACGUCAGGCAACGCCGCGUCCAGCAAUCCAAACUCCACCGGCGGCGGCGGCGGCGGCGGCAGCAACAGCAUGCCGGCGAUGCCUCCCCGUGCAGCAAUGGUCAACAACAACGCAGCCGUGUCCGAAGACGCCCACGAAACCGCACCUAGCAACGCCCCCAGCGGCGGCGGCGUACCCGUCACCGAUAAGGACAAAGACGGCUCUUCUGGCCCCGCGAGGUCAGCAUCCGUCAGAUACUCCGCCUCGUCCUCCAAAGAGAGACAAAAGGAGCGCGACGUGGCGCUGGUGCGGGAAAAAGACGAUCGUAUAGCCUAUCUUGAAAGGGAAAUGGACAUUAUGGAGCGCGAGUUCCAGCGCGAACUGGAUAAAUUGAGCCAAAACGAGAGUGAAACGGCUACCUUUUGGCAGGCGAAGCAUAGUGCUUUAAAUCAGCAGUACUUGCGGACAGAUACGGAGCUGCGGUUGUUACGGGCCGAGGUUGAUGUGCGAGAGGCAGAGAGGGAGGAGUUGCGGCAGGGAUGGGAGGUGUUGAGGAGGGAGCUGAAGGAACGGGACGACGAGAUGAGAGGGCUGAGGAGCCAGAUUCGAGGGUUGAAGGAGUUUGUGAGCACGAGCACAAGGACGGAUGGGCAGACGAGCGAUGAGGUGUUUGGGGAUGCUACUGACGAGUCGGUGAAUCAAUGGCGAGCAUCCACGCUUGCCCUUAUUCGGCGCGACGCCCCUCAACUCCUGCAGUCUUCUACAACGGAAUAUGUCGAGAAGGUGAUUUCUCGGAUAAAUCGUAUAUUGGACUCGAUUACCGACAGCGGCGCGUCAUCCGCGUCAUCACGCUCGGAAGCACGAGACUCGGCGCUUCGCGUACUAGUGAAUAAUUCUGUCGAACUGGCAAGGCUACUGGCGGCUCAGAAGGCGGUGUUGCGGGUGUACAUGCCAGAGGUGCUCCCCCACCAACAGGUCAUGUUUGAGCCGGAAACAAUGGAGGAUCUGGGCGACGGGGACGAGGAAGCUCUUGCCAGAAGGGAGAUUUGGUGUGUUGUGUUUCCGGGGGUGAUUAAGCACGGGGACGAGAACGGGGGCCAGAUGCAGUUUCGAAAUGUUAUUGCCAAAGCGAGGGUCCUGUGUAGUCCCGAGAAUUGA